GGACUAUCAGAUAUCUUAAUAACUGAUAGACAAAUAAAUUCAUCUAGGCAACAAAAACAAAUGAACAAAAUGCUAAAAAUAUUUUUAUCGGUUUCUUAUUGGCUCUCGUGAAUUGGCCUUUGCAAGUGACCUUCAAAAACGUGGGCGAAAAUAAAACCACGCUUCUGUUCCUAUUCUAUGACAUAAUGCGUGUCUAAAAUAAUAAAAACACGAAACAAAUUCUCUCUAAAGUCUUGACUGCACAUUGUGGAUUAGCUUGUUGCAAAACAUAUGAUAAAUAUGGAUGCUUUUAUAGAAGCAUUUUUCGCUAUAGAUCAAGAUCGUUCAGAAACUAUCACAAUAGACGAAUUACAAGCAUACAUGGUGAGAAAUGAUAUGGAACCUGCUUUCGUAGCGAGAUGGCAAGAAUUAUUCGAUCCUCAAAAAACAGGCAUAAUUACACUUUCAAAAUUUUGUGAUGUAUUAGGAUUGGAACUGGAAACUUUACGAUUCAAAUAUGUUGAACAAGAAGAAUUAAAGGUGGCAACAGAUUUACAUUCUUCACUGGAAAAUGUACAUGAAUUUCGAAAGAAUGGUCAAACAAAUAAUCACGUAAAUAAUAUAAAUAAUGCAAACAAUGGAUUACCAAAUGAAUUAAUCAAGCCAGUUGAUUAUCAAGAGAUCUCUGGUGAUAUGCCAGAAGAAUUGAAAGAGACAAUCUUCACUAUAGUUACAGAAGGUGAAGACAUUUACCACAACAACGAUAAAGUAAGUUUGUUUUAUUAUUGUUACUAUUAGUACUGUUAUUUGUAAAGGUUUAUGAUUGAGACCAUGAACCGAUCAAUAUUAGACCACCACUGAAAACCUGGAAGCAUUGGACGACUAUUUCGUCCUAGUAUGUUGUUGAUAUUAAGAGCUGAAUUUUGAUUAGUCUCUGAAAGAGCAAACAGACUAAUUGAAAAGUUGUUUAAUUAAUACUUAUAUUUAAAAGUUAAGUAUAUUUUGAAUAAUUGCUAGAAGCGGAAUCAAGGCAGUGGGUUUCUUCUUUUUGGAGCAUAUAAUCUUGGUGUAGCUACAUCUUAACUCUAAUGUCCUCAUUACUUAAAACGUCAGAGGGUUUAUUUAGUGGACUAUUGAGUUACGAAAACCAUCAAGUUAUUUUAUGUGUGUGCUAUCAUUAGUUGUUUGUUAAGAACCUACUGAAGUUCAAUUUUUUAUUGUUUUUCCAUGGAUACUAAUUUCAUUACGUAUACUUUGUGUUUGUGUUCAUGACAGAAUAAUUCGUUUUUCUUGAGUGUUGCAUGUACUUUAAAAAAGUACCUAUUAUAUGUGGGUACAGAGAAGUAGCGUAUAUACUUAUCAAGUUAUUUGUGUGCUGAUUUGAAUGUAUCGGUAAAAAGUGUGACUGGAUGAAGAUUAUUCAAAGGGAACUAAAUGAAUGGUUUAAAUCCGUAAUAUAAUAGAUACGAAAAUACAGGAAAACUGAUCAACAAAACUUACUGUAUCUCAAAACGGACAUUAAUAUUCAAAAUAUUCAAGAUAAAAUUUCACAUUAUUGUAAGUCACUGGAAAUAUAAAUGACUGUAGGAAAAAUAUUGUUAAAAUUGCACAUUAGAAUCAUUUAAGGAAGUAAUCAGGAUUUUUUUUUACCAUCACACAAAAUCGGGUCAUACUCAAGCACGUUAUACAACGAUGUUUCGUGACUUAAUGUAAACCUCUUCUUCAGAGUAAAUAAAUAUUUAUUUAUUGGAGCGAAUACUUUCAGAACUCAUCUCUCUGUACUUCAUUUUCUACUCCUAAUUCUUCGUUUCCACUGAUAUUGUUUAAAUUUCUUUGAUUUUUAUAUUUUCACAUUAUUUUCACUUUGUUGAUGUAUUUUUUUAUAUUAAAUAAAUGAACUGACAAACACUUGUGUUAGGCUGUACAAUGUGCUUGACUGAUUAACUGUUUCGAUCAGAGCUUCACUAUAUCCAUUGCAUAAUGAAUCUUUAUGAAUUAAUAGACUAUGAAACUUAUUUACAUAAUUUAAAGGUUAUGGAAUAUUUAUAAAAUCGUUCUCUUCAAUUUCAGCUCAGUCUAUUUGAUGAAUUUAUAAGAAAUCAUUAUUUCGACAUUUUAAGGAGUAAGGAUUUAGUAAUCCACAAUAUUAAACUUUGUUAAUAUAGGACAGUAACUGACAUUUUUAAAAAUGGGUUUGUAGGUAGUGAUGAAUGACAAGCAUUCGUACACAUACAUAUUUUCAAUAUUCUUGCUUGAUUGAAUAAACUAGUAAUCAUGGAUACAUUGAAUUGGAUUCCCUAAUUGCGCAUCAGUAGUUUAAUUCACUACUGUCCAUACGAUUAAGUCCGUGCAUACAUUUUCUUAGUUUAAUACAAACUAUUUUUCACAUAGACGUUUAAAAUAACUUGAGUAGACAGGCUUUGUCAUAGUAUAUCAGUUCUUUACAUAAGAUAAUCUUCUUUUGAAGUCCUUCAACUGUCGAACUGUUUUUUAUGUACUGAUUAGUCUAUUUUUAUAAGUAAUUUACAUAUAAAUUCGUGACUGUAUAUAGAUUUGACAUUGCUGCACAAAUGCAUUCAUAUUAAGGACUAAUAGAAUUGCAUAAUUUUAGUUUGGUUUUCUAUUACAUGAGCAUUAAAUUUUCCUGCUUCCUUAUUCAGUGACUAUUUAUGGUUUAUACGACGUGUAGAAAUUGUGUUAUAUUAACAUAACUAUUUGAAGCAAUGGGAUUAAUAGAAUUUAGCAAAAUAAAAUAAAAGUCAUAUGUCAUACUUAUUUGGAUCGUAAAAUUUUACAGUUUGGCUGUCAGAAAUAGGUUUAAAAUACUCUUCAGUGAAACUCAAUAUUCAUCUGAAGUCUCAAUGAAUAAUCGGUUAAUUUUAAUGAAGACUUGGAAAUGGAUUUAUAACUGCGAAGGUUCUCACUAGAGAGAUAAUGUACACAUUUGACAUCCUACGAAUAGUUUCACAAUGACUCGUUCGGUGGCAUAUAUUUUCCAAAUCAGGUUACACGAAACAAUUCAUUAGUCUCUUACUUUGAAAGUAGUGAUCUGAGUACUUUAAUGAGGAAGAGGAAAAUUAUGUAGUUAACCUAGUCGACAAUCAGAAUAGGUCUCAAUACGGUCAUAUGAGAAUUAUAUAAGAUGAAGUAAAAUAUGAAUCAAGUAUGCUUACAACUGAGCUGUCCCUGAAUGAGAAUGAAUCAGUUGUUCAAUAGUACACCUUAACGUCUGAUGCUGUUAUUUAAUGAUGAAAAGUAUUGCAGGAUGUACGGUAGAACACUGACUGAGACUGAUGACGUUUUAUAAACUCUCACAGAUUUCACUGGUUACUUUCAUUAAAUUUAUGACUGAACAUAUUUAAUCAGUACAUAAUCUGUUAGGAUGUAAAUGGCAUAAAUUAAAAUUCUUCAAUGUAUUGUCGUAAACGUGUGGUGUGGCUAUAUGUCCCUGCCUAUUAUUGCCUAAAAAAUCCUUAUACAUAGGCUCAAACACCAAGCAAAUUAUUGUGAGAGAUAUCAACAAAUACAUUGUUUAGUGUAAUUUUAGUCGUUAACAAGUGAAUGAGAAAACCAGCGCUGUUUAAAUUCCAAUACAAACUUAGCUGAAUUGAUGUUUCCGAGUUAAUUAGUUAAUUGAAACAAAUCUGUAUUUAAUUAAGCAAACAUUUUAGCGUGAAAAACGAUUUUGACCCUUCGAUUUUAAUUAAAGUGAAUUGUUCUUUCUAAAUUACUUCUAAAUUCAUAACAUAAAGAAGUGAUUCCAAUAAAAUUCGUUCAAUGAAAAAUUACCGAAUUCAUUCAAAAAUGUAUGAAUACAAAAUAGACUACUUGUGAAUAAGCACAUGAA